AUGAAAAUCACACAAACUUUUGGCAUUGGGCUGUAUCAUGCUGGAUAUACUGAAACACCUUGGUGGGGUGUGAAUUUACCUGCUCAUUUGGUUGUAAUAAAAGGAACCGAAUUCUAUGAUGCCAAGUCUAAAGGACAUGUAGAUUUUCCUAUUACUAAUGUACUCCAAAUGAUAGGUAGAGCUGAUAAUUAA